GGGGUCGAGGGGUAAGAGAUCGUGAAAUCUGGAGCCUCGGUUCUCGGGCGGGGCGAGGCGAGGGGCGAGAGGAGCGUUAUUUGUUCACCUUGGCGCCCGCGUGCGAAGGUCGAAAGAGUAGAUCGUGGACGCGGAGUAGGUAGGUAGGUAGGUAGGUCGGCUGAUCGCACCCCAAGUGUCACGAGACGUGCAAACGAGAAAAAUGGGACGCAGAUUCUUCGUUGGCGGUAACUGGAAGAUGAACGGCACAAAGAGCGAGAUUGGUGACAUUGUCGCGUUUCUCAAGACCGGGCCACUCGAUCCUAAUGUCGAGGUUGUAGUUGGCGUUCCAUCGAUAUAUCUCACGUACGUGACCUCCAUCGUCCCUAGCAACGUUAGCGUUAGUGCGCAGAACGCGUACAAAGUUCCUAAAGGAGCGUUUACCGGUGAAAUUAGCCCGGCUAUGCUUCUGGACAAUGGCGUUCCCUGGGUAAUUCUUGGCCACUCCGAGCGUCGAAACGUCUUUGGCGAAACGGACGAGUUAAUUGCGGAGAAAGUUGCGCAUGCCUUGGAAGCUGGAUUGAAGGUGAUCGCGUGUAUAGGCGAGAAAUUGGAGGAGCGCGAGGCGGGAAAGACCGAGGAAGUGGUCUACAGACAAACCAAGGCGAUAGCGGAUAAAAUUAAAUCUUGGGACAACGUGGUCUUGGCUUACGAACCAGUAUGGGCGAUCGGCACCGGUAAAACCGCGUCGCCGCAGCAAGCGCAAGAGGUUCAUGACAAAUUACGUGAGUGGUUGUCCAAGAAUGUCAAGUCCGACGUCGCGCAAACUCUGCGAAUUAUCUACGGUGGUUCCGUAACAGCAGCCAACGCCAAAGAUUUGGCAAAGGAGAAGGACAUUGAUGGAUUUUUGGUCGGCGGCGCGUCAUUGAAGCCUGAAUUUGUACAAAUCGUCAAUGCUCGUGCUUGUUGAACACGCACGAGAUUACAAAUUAUAUCGCAUAUCGAAUGAAAUUGAUUUCUCUAUUAGGAUUACGCGCAUCAAGUUGCGUAUUACGUUUCUGACAAUGAGAAGAAAACGGAUUAUACAUAUACAUAUUAUACAUAUAUAUCCGUUCCGUGCGAUUAAAUGAAUUCUUCAAAUGAGGGUUCUGUCUUCACAUAUUUUCAUGCCAAGUUCUUAAGCUCUUGCAACGUAGCCACGUUAUUAGGGAUGUUGCGUUGUCGUUGUGUCGAACGAUUGUUAUACAUGUAAUUCUUACAAAAAAAAGUACGAGAUGUAUUUACGGUACUGCAAAAGAUGUACUCGAAGAUGAAAGAUUAAUACAUCAUCUAGCAGCUUGUCUUUGUAUAGUAACGUCGAUAGUGCGUAACGCAAAUUCGGAAAUAUUGUAAAAAGUAAUAAAUAAAUGUGGAAAGAA